AUGGCUCCCUCAAUUAAACAGCGGAAGAUUGCCAUCUUGGGUAGCCGUUCGGUUGGCAAAUCAUCCCUAACCGUCCAAUACUGCGAAGGUCACUUCGUCGAAAGUUACUACCCUACCAUCGAAAACACAUUCAGUCACGAGAUUGUACACAAAGGUCAGACAUUUCUGACCGAGAUUAUCGAUACUGCGGGACAGGAUGAAUACAGCCUCAUGAACUCCAAGUUGUACAUUGGCAUCCAUGGAUACCUGAUCGUCUACUCGGUUGCCUCCAGGCAGUCUUUUGACAUGGUGCGGAUCAUCAGGGAUAAACUUCUCAAUCAUCUAGGAGCCGAAUCCGUACCCAUUAUGAUUGUAGGCAACAAGAGCGAUGUCGACCCAACCAAAUCCAGAAAGGUGACUGCUGAGGAGGGUCAACAACUAGGUCAAGAAUUGAAGUGUGGUUGGAUCGAAACCAGCGCCCGAAACAACCAAAAUGUCUCCAAGGCAUUUGAGCUGAUGAUCGCCGAAAUCGAGAAGUCUCAGGAACCCGACAAGCCCGCCGGAGGUGGAAAGUGCCUCGUGAUGUGA